CCUCUCCCAUAUAUGAAAGAACCUUCUUCGCACUCAGCACUUCUCUUUCUUUCCUCCAUCCUACGAUCAAAACUCCAACUUACAGUCGCUCGUUAGCAGCUCGAAAGCCGGUCUUUGCGCCACCCACACUCGUUUUCAACGAACCCUCAAAUCAAACCCACGAAUCUCUAUUUUUUCUAAUCCAGAAACUACCACUCCGUCAAAAUGAAGGUCACCGCAUCCAUCAUCGCUGUUGCAGCUCUCGCUUCCAGCGCCUCCGCUGGUGUCGCAAGCACCUGGGCCGACUGGAGCAGCUCAACCACCACCACCACCACCACUACCACCAAGGCCUCUGUCGCUGCCACCAGCACUCACACUUGGGAGGACUGGACGAGCUCCACUACUACCACGACCACGACCAAGGCCUCCGUCGCGGCAGAGAGCACCCACACGUGGGCUGACUGGACCUCGAGCGUCGCGCCUGUUUCGUAUACCACGACCGUUGUAGGUGCCAUUACAACCUACUGCCCAUAUGCUACCAAAUUCACGCACGCUGGCAAGACCUACGAAGUCACAUCUGCCACCACCCUGACCAUCACUGAUUGCCCGUGCACCAUCUCUGUCCCUGUCUACACCAAGACCUCCACCUCCUGCAGUUCCGUCGCCGCCGUGUCCACUGGCACUUGGGGUGAUUGGUCUUCCACCUCGGUCGCUGCCGUCAGCACCACCUACACUCCCGUUGCCGCUGCCAGCACCACCAGCGCUGCCUGGUCCUCGUAUGCGCCAUCCAGCGUCGCCCCCGCCGUGGCCACCUACACUGGUGCUGCCAACGCCCUCGUUGCCAACGUUGGCGCUGGUCUUGCCGGUGUUGGUGCCAUUGCUGCUUUCCUCCUGUAAGCAGGAAAGUGUUCGGGGUCUUGAUUCGAAACUGUUGAUAUGCCUUUUCGGACAGGCCGAGCAUUUCGGCUCGGAGGGGAGGCUAUCUACAGCUCUGCAGUCAUGGCUUUGCGUUUUAACUUCUUAGCGCUGAGACUCGGGCAAGGAACAGUGACUAGCUGGCUGGGCUGCGGUAUGCACGAACACGGCAUGAACAUUUAGCGGUCACGACAAGUUUGGGCAAAUGUGUGUAUACUUAGCAGUCGGCGCCAUGGACAUAGAACAUUUUCAGCUAGUCGCUGGAGUGGUGUGAUGGACACCUUGUACAGUCAGAAGGUACAAUGAGAAAUCCCACCCUCACCCUGGGUGCUGGUCAUUUAAUGAAUAGAAGCUUUCUGGGUAGCAUUGCUUUUUUCGUCUGAGCUUCGAGCUGUGCAAGUCACUCCAGAUGACGUGUCCUGGCUUUUGUUCCUUGGUUUGAGGCUAGAAGCUGCUCUUAGCUGCACGAAAAUGGGAACCGGUACGCACUGGGCCGUAUGAAUGCCGAAACCGCUUCGUGAAACGGUGUAGGCCAUGUUGAGUCUCCUUGUGGUGCGACUAAUGGCC